GUCUUUUCGCACCAGAACCGAACCAAGAGAGCGCCAGCUUCCUCACAGGACCCAAGGGGAGACCAGCAGGGAGGAACUGGAAGCACUGGAAGGAUAUCCCACUCCAUGGGGAUGAAACUUUAAGAGAUUUUACUGUUUAUAAACUGAACGCUUCCGAAGUCUGCUGUUAUUUUGGGAUAUUAUUGCGAACAUCUAUUCAGAACCCAAGGAACCGGACUUUCACCGAGUACAAUGGCGCAUUCACACCUGAGAUACCUCUUGGCUUUGGCCUUGGUGCACGUGGUUUGGUCCUCCGGUGUCUUCGAGUUGAAGAUCCACUCCUUCCACACGGCGCAGCGCAUCUGCAGACGACACAGAGACUGUCACAUCUUCUUCAGGAUUUGCCUAAAACACCCGGAGGAUGUGAUCUCAGCCGAGCCGCCCUGCACCUUUGGCACCGGGCACACGAACGUAAUCCGGGCGGAUCACACGUCGAUCUCCAGCAGCGCUCCCAUCCGAGUCCCCUUCCACUUUAAAUGGCCGGGGACCUUUUCAUUGAUCAUCGAAGCCUGGAACGCAGAAUCUCCCACAGAGUACACAGACAACCAAAACAACCUCGUGAGCCGCCUGGCGACCAGGAGGCGGCUGGCUAUUGGCGAGGAUUGGUCCCAGGACGUGCACUUCGGCGAGCAGAGCGAGCUGCGCUACUCCUACCACGUCUACUGCGACGAGUACUACUUCGGGGACGGCUGCGCGGACUACUGCAGGCCGAGGGACGACACGCUGGGCCACUACACCUGCGACGAGGAGGGCAACCGCAUCUGCCUGGAGGGCUGGAAGGGAAACUACUGCUCUGAGCCCAUCUGCUCGGCGGACUGCAGCGAGAAGCACGGCUACUGCGAGGCCCCUGGGGGCUGUACAUGCCGCAUGGGCUGGCAGGGCCCCUCCUGUAAUGAAUGCGUGCGUUACCCAGGCUGUCUCCAUGGGACGUGCAGCCAGCCGUGGCAGUGUAACUGUCAGGAGGGCUGGGGGGGCCUCUUCUGCGACCAGGACCUCAACUACUGCACCAACCACAAGCCAUGUGCCAACGGGGCCACCUGCACCAACACGGGUCAGGGCAGCUACACCUGUACGUGUCGGCCCGGCUUUGGAGGCACCAACUGUGAGCUGGAAACCAACGAGUGUGACAGCAACCCCUGCAAGAACGGAGGCAGCUGCAAUGACCUGGAGAACGACUACUCCUGCACCUGUCCACAGGGGUUCUACGGAAAGAACUGUGAGAUCAUCGCCAUGACCUGCGCAGACGGUCCCUGCUUUAACGGCGGAACCUGCGUGGAGACGAUGACAGGCGGCUACACAUGCCGCUGCCCUCCCAGCUACACUGGCUCCAACUGUGAGAAGAAGUUGGACCGCUGCAGCAACAGGCCUUGUCUGAACGGUGGCGACUGUCUGGACCUCGGCCAGAGUAUCCUGUGCCGCUGUCAGCCAGGUUUCACCGGCGCCAAUUGCCAGGUCAACAUCGACGACUGCACCUUGAAUCCCUGCCAAAAUGCUGGAACCUGCCAGGAUGGUGUGAAUGACUACACUUGCUCCUGCACCUUAGGGUACACUGGCAAGAACUGCAGCAUCCGCUCUGACGCCUGCGGGGCUCGUCCGUGCCAAAAUGGAGGCACUUGCUUCACCCACUUCACUGGGCCUGUAUGCCAGUGUCCGAAGGGCUUCAUGGGUCCAAGCUGCGAGUUCACACUUCAACCUAGUUUCAAGCCCGCCUUGCGCCAAGCCUCCCAGCCCUCCUCCACCACCACUGUCACCAUCUCCUGCCUCCUGGCGGUGCUGGUGCUGGUUCUGGUCGCAGGCAUCCUUUUCCUGAGGCGGAGAAGGAGGAGGAUGGAGGGAAGGAAGCAGCUGAGCGACAUUGCGGUCUACAAUGACUUGGAGGCGGUCAACAAUCUGGGAGGCAGCGAGAGAGAUGCCUUCCUCAGUCCUAGCAGCCUCUUCAAGAUCAGCAACAGCACAGCUCGCCUCAGCCUCACGCUGUGCCCCGACGGCAGACCUGGGUACAGACACAACCCGGUGGAGAGCAGCCUGGCCAGAACGGAGCGCCAGGACUUCAUGUGGAGGGAUGACGCCAUGCUGGGCUCUGCACCCGGGCUGAGAUGAAACCAGGACAAAAACACACACGUUGAAACAGGGGCAAAGAACAGUUUAGCACUUGUUGCUUUUCUCUCUUUUUGAAGAGAGGAGCAGAACCAUAAACAGAUAGAAACGUCAAUGUAAAAAGUUAAGUUCUGACACAUGAACUAAUGAUGAUUUACAAGACUUUUGGAGACUUGUGAAGGAUUGUGCUCUUUAGUGUUCAAGACCCAAAGAGACAAAUAAUGUAACCCGCCGCUGAUAGGACCUACAACACAAACCAAAUGCAGGAUGAAGCAAUAUAUUUUCAACACAUCCAUUUUGUUUUCCUUUGUUAAAAAAGACUUUUGUUUUGCUUUUCAAUCUUCCUUUGACCAUUUUUUCCUUAUUGUGUGCACCAUCAUCCCCCCCCCCCUAUUCUUUAUAUUAUUUAUUUAUUUGAAAACUUGUGUUUAUGGCUUCACUUUGAUUGUCACAGAUGUAGAAAUAUAUUUAUAUGGUGCUGAGAGUAGACUGACAUUUGUUGCAUCUGGAUAUGUGAAAUGUCCCAAAGAUAAAUGUGUGGGGCUAAAAGGAGCCAUUUUUUCAAAAGACAUAUAAGGUUACCGAAUACAGAUAUAGGUCACGUUACGCUCAUGUGCCAUUUUAAGUUCAUGCCAAAGUUUGUGUUCUGUUGCAUUUUUUCACUCAUUUUAUUUAAGUUCAUGUUGUGUGUGGUGUGGAAUAAAAGAUUUGAUAUAAAACA